GGACUAUGCUAGCCCAUGGAGAAACAUUUCAACCUCUGAACAUGGAAAUACACUUAUACCACCGUUCUUAAGCGAGCUGUCGGGAAGGCAGCAGUCAAGUCGUCGCGUGUAGCUCUGCUCUAUAGCCUUUUUCAGCAUGGUCUCAUGCCUUGCAUUGGAAUGCUUCAGACCAGGGAGGUCUGCAAAGGAGAGGCAACAACAAAGGCUGCAAGCACUUAAGGAGCUUGAGGCUAUCCAGUCAGGCGUAAGGUCCCCUACAAACGGGCCAUGGACGACAGGGAUUACGAGCCUGAAAGGAAAAGUAGAAGAACCAGACUGCGAAGGGGAAACCGACCGUGAUCUUGACUCUCCUUCGUAUAGUAUAGAGGACCGCCAUGUCAUAUUGGAAGCGGGAUGCCACGCCACAAGAGCUGCCAACAGGGCCCCUGUCACGCCAACAGCCCCAGUAUCAUCUGCCAGGGAUAACGCAACGCCGCACGGUCACCAUGUAAACGCAGACGCUACCCAAAGCUGUCAGCGCACUGCUCCUUGCAGCAGGCCCAGCUACGCAACAGCAGCAUCUUUUGGCAACGUCGGGACACCAUCUUCCCGGCUGCAGCCGGUAAAUGAGGCUCGAGCGCUGGACGAACCGCCUUCAACUCCCCCUUCCACACGUCCCAUGCCAGCAGCAGCUGCUGCGUCGUUGUCUACCCCCGACACCCGCACGUCCGCCGCCGAGGCCCCCACAGCCACGGGCUCAACCGUGUCCUGCAGCCCGCUUCCGCAGCCCACACCAGCAGCCGCACCGUCGGCAGCAAGUCCCCUUGGAAUAUCAGUUUCGGCGGUAACCGCACAACCGGGCAGCCUGCCCGCCUCCUCGCCUUCCACCCCGGCCCCGAGCGGCCCCACGCCCCUCCUGGCCGUGCAUGUCACCACCACCGCCGCCAGCUGCUGCUCCUCCUCGUCCGCAGUCGCCGCUACCGCGACCACCACUACAGCCUCAGGCCCUGAGGCCCAGUGUCCUGCUGGUCAGACCGAUACUGCUCUGCCGCCCACUUGUGCAGGGGCUGCUGUCGCGGGUGGCGGUGAUUGCAGCGGCGGCGGAGGCAAGAGCAGCAACACGAGCCCAUGCAACGGCAGUGGCAGUCCCCCUUGCAGCAUGGGUGCAGUUACUGCGGAUCCAGACACCGCUAGUCCGCCGGCGCAGCGGGCACAGGCGGCGGCGGCUACUGCUUCCGCGGGUGCAGCAGCGUCCACGCAUGCAACCAGGGGGGAUGUGGGUCAGCGCUGCAGCGGCGCCUGCUCCACCUCCUCCUCGCCCUGCUGCUCACAGCCGGGCGCCACGUCAGCAGGCUGCGACGCCGCGGCCCCUCAAGGCCGCAGCCGCAUUUGCACGGGUAGCGCUGGAAAUACUGCGGAUGCGGGCGUUAGCAGCAGCACGGAUGUCUCCUUUGGUGCGAGCAGCGUUGCAGACACACGCAGGUCGUCUGAUAGCGUCUCAACAGAUGCUGUGGCGUCUGCGGUUGUAGCGGGUAUUAAGAGUGGAUGUGUGGGAGGAGCUCACGCACACACACAGAGCUGCAGCGCUAGCAGCAAGCCGAGUUGCAGCGCUAGCAGCAGCUUUAGCAGCGGGGGGCCAAAGGUUGCUGCAUCUAGCCAGGCUGCCUGCAGCCCGGUAGCAACGCAGGGGCGGGAGCAGGCACAGAGCCCUGUUGAAGGAGGGGGGCCUGUGGGUCCGAGCACUCGGGAUUCCCAUUCGAACGCGGCGCCGAGCCCUGCGCCGCCGUCUCCGGGGGUACCAGCGCUGGGCGUCCAGUCGACAGCAGCAGCAGUGGCUGUGCCUGCACCCACAGGGCCGCAGUCGCGGCAGCAGAGCCCUCCGCAGCCGAAGUUACCGGCGCAGCAGGGCGGGAGUGCCGGGUCGCCUGCUGCCGCAACCCCCGUAGCCGCCCCGCGACCGGGGGGCCAAGGAGCAGCGAACGAGGCAGCCAAUGCCGGCUUCCAUACCCCAGUCGCUGCCCCCAAACCCCCAGCCUCGCCCGCCAGCCAAUCCCAUCACCAGCCCCAGCCCCUGCCCCCCAUGCCGCGGAACGCCGCCGCUCCCAGCCGCCAGCCAUUCGCCCCCUCCGGCUCCGCUGCCGCCGCCCCCGCUGCACAGCCAGUGCAACGCUGCAGCCCAUUCGCCCCGGUAUACGCCGCGCCCAGCCCCUACCGCGGCGGAGGCAGUGGCGGCGGUGUCGGCAAGUCCUCCACCACCGCUGCCGCCGCCUCCGCACAACCCCCUCGCGGCAGCCCCUUCAUCUCCCUGUACGGCCCCGCCAACCUGGGCGCGGGGGCCUCGGGCCGCCGCACUCCCCCGCCCCCCGGCAGCUUCAGCAGCGCCUCCACCCGGCUGGCGCUGCACGACGUGCUGUCCAACCGGCCCUCCCGCGCGCGUGCCGGCGGGGUGGGCGGCAGCGGCAGCAUGAGCGUGAGUCAGCUUGGGAACAUGGACUUCAGGCCGCGGUGGCGGUAGCAAGGGUGGCGUGGGAGGGUGGCCAGACUGCCUGGUGUGUUUUGGUUUGUAGUAGGGUCAGAGAGAAAGCAAGCCAAAUUAUGGGUGCAGUGGGGGAUACGGCAUGCGUGCAUGUGAUGGGGUUGGUGCUGGUGUUCUUUCUUCCAGCAAGGGCGAGGAACUGCGCUGGGUAGCGUCUAGGAGGGUUGGGUGAUGGGAUAGCGAUACCCGUUAGGGCGGCGGUUAACAAAUAGAAGCGGUUGGGGGAACGGUUGUUAAGCGGUGGUCCCUGGAGUCUUGGGCUUGCUGGUUUGAGACCCCUGGCGCAUCCUGUAUAGCCGCACAUGUUGCAACAUACAUCGCAUUCAUUGUACACGGAUCUCGUAGCGCGCGCCUCCCUUGCUUUCCUGCCAGGGGCUGUCGUAUAUCCGCCGCAUGGUUGCUGCGACGCCUUUGGCGCUACUAACUCAUGCGUGUUCGGUAUCUAACUCAAGGUGUACGGCAUUGUCAAUAAAGCAUCAGGUAUUUGCAACGAUGGGGGCUGACAUGUUCGUGAGUACUCCAUCUUGGUAAGAGGGGGACUUGGUUGUUAUUGAACCUGAUGGCAGGGCUUUGUAGGCCUGCAUCACUGCCUUGUGGACUUGCAUGUGAUUCCCCUUUCAUGACCGGUUACAUCGGCCAAACCUGAUCGUCUUAAUUCACUGAUCUCACAUAUGUGCGUACCUAGGGUGGUUAUGCCCUGGUAUGGUUGCGUUCGUCAACCAAUCAACUGAUGAAUGGUAUGAUUGCGUUCGUCUGUUCGUCACCGAUGUUGUUCACCUGUUGGGGGCUUAUCGACGCGGGACAGUUUCAGGGGCACUGUCUGAGUGCUGAGGUUCCAGGUGGGCGCUGAUCCGCUGAGAGUCGCAAGAGAGGGUUUUGCCUCGCCCCUGGUUGAGCGUUGUACAAGACCGUGUUCGCAGACGCCUGUGAACAGUGACGGCUGUUAAGGUCCGCAAACUGAUCGUCAUGUUGUAAGGAAACAACGAAGCGGA